UCGAUCUGUCAACACACGCAACGCAUCAAAAUGGAAGAAGGUCCUCUGUCGUUCAUGCAGUUCAAUCCCGCUUGCCUGCUGCUCCUGGUGCUGGGUUUCUCGCUCCUGGACUACAUGGUCAACACUCGAUCUGCCCAACAGAAGGACGCCAGAACAAGCAUGCCAUCCACCAGCGCAUUUCCAACGCGCCACAGGAUGUCCAGGAAGAGGAGCGACGAUGAGACUCCUCUGGCCAGAAGCUGCGGCCUGCGGCAUCUGCAACUGCGUCAUCGCGCCAAAAUGCUGGCCGGCGUCAAACGAAGGAUCGAUCAAGAUUUCUGACAUCACAAAUCACCACCGAGGAUUUAUAUUUAACAAUUAUACUAGUUAAUUUAGCAUUAAACAACGCAAAUAUCAAUAAAUUUUAAUUAAAAACAA